GAUACUCGAAGUAUUGUGGAUUUGUGACACGAAUUUGCUGGCCAGAAUCAGUUCAACUUGAAAAUAAUUUUCUUGGAUCUCGAGCAAGUUGCUUGUAUUCUAGUCAAUUGAGUUAUUAAAGAUUCAUUGCUAUGAUGUCACCUCACUUAUUAUUCUUCACUUUCUGGCUAUUGUGCGUAGGUAUCAGAGCACAUCCCAAACAGUGGUACAAUUUGGAUUCGAAAUAUGAAGGAACGACUUUUUUCAGUGGAUGGCAAUUUUUCACUGAUCUAGAUCCCACUCACGGUUAUGUUACAUAUGUCGACGAGGAGGUUGCGAGGACAAAUCAACUCAUCAAUACAAACAAUUAUGGACCAGUAUAUAUGGGAGUCGAUCAUACUACUUAUUUGGAUCCUGCUGGCACAGGACGAAAAAGUGUGCGCAUAAUGAGUCAGAAAUCAUGGACACAUGGAUUGUUUAUUGCAGAUAUUUUGCACAUGCCUGGUGGAACUUGCGGUACCUGGCCAGCUUUUUGGUUGCUUGGCCCAGACUGGCCGAAUAAUGGGGAAAUUGAUAUCAUCGAAGGCGUCAAUCAACAAAUUGACAACAUAAUGACUCUCCACACCUCGGCAAAUUGUACCAUGCCAAACGAGGACACUGCACAACUAGGUACGAUGAAUAGCAACCAAUGUGAUGGCACUUUGAACAACUAUGCCGGCUGCGGCUCAACAGCUCAAGCCGGAGCCUCCACCUACGGUGAAUCCUUCAACUCCAAUGGUGGCGGCAUCUAUGCCACGGAAUGGACCUCAGAUCAUAUCAAAAUCUGGUUCUUUCCUCGAAAUGCGAUACCGUUUGAUAUCAAAAGAGGAACCCCAGAGCCCAGAUUCUGGCCAAAGCCUCAAGCAAUCUUCCAAGGUUCCUCGUUCUGUAACAUUGACAAUCAUUUCGCAAAUCAGAGCUUAGUAUUUGAUACUACCUUUUGUGGAGACUUUGCAGGAGGUGUUUGGGCGAAUGAUGGUGGGAUCUGCAGCCAAGGAGGAGAUUUGACUUGCGAACAAUUUGUGGCGGAAAAUCCGGACGCCUUUAAAGGCAGCUACUGGUUGAUUAACUCCGUUAAGGUUUACCAACUAGGAAAGCACCCAAUAGAUCUACGCAAGGCUGCAAGCACGAGUACAGAUACACUUGAAGCUUGAAUCUUGAAGCCACUUCAAGAAUUGAAAAUGUCUGGUCUUAUUAUAAGCUCCACUAGUAAAGCUUCUACACUCUAUUGAUCAAAGAGCUCAGAAUACAAGAGCACACACUUUUAUUUUCCAACACUGCGAUAAGAAACCAGUCCAAUUUACAGCAUUCAGGAUUAUAGUAAAUAUUUAAAAUUGAACCGACGUCGCUGCCUAAAUUUUUUUGCAUCUUUCUAUUUUGAAUGUGUUUAAAGCUUCAACUGCUCUCA